UUUAUUUCAAAUGUAGAUAGAGCUUAAAAUUUUUGUGAAUAUCAAAUUUUUCUGUUUUGUUUUAAAGAGUCUAUUAUUUCCAAACAACCAACAGACCGACUGGUACCCUUUUAAUAUUAAAGGCUUAGCCGGAAAUGGAAUAUUUGCAUUGUUUUUCGUUGUUACCCCUAAGGAGUCGCCCGUUUUCCCGUUUUUACAAACUUCUGGAGAGUGUUCUGUCCUUACUUUUCCUUCUUUGGUGAAUAUGUGCGUGCGUGUGCGUAAAAAUCUGUGAAACGGCAUACACGGUUUGUCUCUAAAAAACGGAAAUUCAAGGAGGAUGUUGCUGCGUGAUGUAGACGUAGUUAAAGUUGAAGUUUCAGACGAAAAUCUGAGGAGAUGUUAUCCUUCUUUAACAGUGGCACCAUGCAGAAACAAUGCAGCCAGUUAGCUAGCGGCUGUCUCUGCUGGUAGCCAUACCGCCUAAACGAAUGUUUCGGGGACACUUAAUCGUGGAGAGGCUAACGAUAUGGUCAUUUUUCUUGAAUAUCGAAGUCAGUGGGUUGUUUUCACCUUCCCUGUCCUGUCCUUCCUCCUGUCACGGUGUGGCAGUGCUUGGUGCCUCUGUGGACAGAGCUGGACGUAACGGGACCUCUCUGGGUUCAUCAUGGCACUCCUCACCACCUCCUUACUCAGGGAACCAUGGGAGCACUUGUUCUGUCCAUCCAAAGCAGCAUGACCCAGGAGGGACACCAGCAGACUUGAAUUUGCUCAGGAUUGAAGGUGCAAUGGAGUUCAGUGGGCCCAUGAUGUCAUUUGGGGGGAGUCCACUCUCCUCCUCAGCCCCUGCUGGUCCGUGGGGGCACUCUGUUUACUCCUCAUUUACCUACGUGUCAAGCGUCUUGCACCUUCGAGGCAGCAGAAGCACACUCACGAGACACGGUCCGCGUCACCCCCUGCCCCAGGUUCAGAAUGUGGCACCUCCAUCUUCAUUUGGGGUCAAGUUUCACAAGUGUGCACAGGUGAAGGUUGACAGCAAUCCCCCUCAGCUGACGUUCUUCCUGCUGAUUCACAACUUGAGUCCUAUGGGUGGCACCAAUCUGUCUCAGGUGGCAAUCCGGGACUCCAUUUCUGGAAUUGUUCCCCUAAAAACUGAAGGCAGGGUGGUAGAACGAGGCUACCAAACAUUUGCAAUCGACUCACUGCUGGCCGGAUCUCAAGUUGUGGUUAAUUAUACCGCUCAUAUACGGAAUCACAAGAGUGAAAUCCUUGAUCUUCCUGCUUUCCUCACCUUUUCUAAUGCCUCACAGAAUGAUGUCAGUAUGUUCGGCCCGUUAACAGCUAAUCUAACGCUGAGGGUGAAUUCUACUGACAUGAUCUAUCCAAACCAUGGAGUCCAUUUUGCUGGAUUUGUUGCUGGCUUCUUAGUCACUUUGGUGCUGAUGUCACUGGGCUUCCUUGGCAUGAACCUGACUGGUCCUGGAUCAAGACUGAACCUUCUUGUGCAGAAGAGGAACAGAGGCGAUCCUGACCCAGAGUACGCAGACUGUAACAUGAGUGAGACAGUCAAAGAUGAGGCCACAUUUGAAGAUAAGAUGGUGGAUGUUAUGGUGCUGGAGGAUCUUCAAAACAUGUACCAGGCUCUGGAGAACCUGGAAAUGUCUUCGCUGCUGCACGCUACCAAUAAUUUGGAGGCCACCCGGAUUCAGAUUUACAAAGAUGUUAUGUCCUGCUUACUUGGAGGCCUGAGAUCAAAAGGCCAGGCCAGCACUCAGGCUCAGCAGAGGCUACUAAGUGUGCUUCACGGACAGCUGCUGGGCAUGGAGGGGCGCCUGAAAGAGGAGCGAGGGGUCCGUAUGGCUGCACUGGCUGGUCAAUGUAAUCUGGAGACUCGAGAAGAAAUGGAAGCAGAGCAUCGCAGAGAAGCUGCUGAGAAAGCCCAGGCAGAGCUGCUCUGUCAACAUGCUGACCAACAGGAGCUCCUCCAGUGCAGUGUCCUCCUGGAGAAAUUUCAUAAACUGAGCCAGAACCGGCUUCAGCGUAUCCUGUUGGUCCGCCAUGAAGAAGCAUCCGCAAAGGUCCAGAGGCAGAUCACUGAGUGGCGACGGAUGGAGCUGCACAAAAUCUUCUUAGAGGAAUUGGAGGAGUCAACUAAGAUGGGCGAAUUGGACAAGGACACUGCAAAAAAUCUGCAACAGGAGUACUUUACUUUUCAGGACCAGCUGGAGGACGUUCUGGAUGUAGUGCUUGCCAAUCAGCGUUAUGUGCUGGCUGAACGCAGCGCACAGAGGAAGUUCCUGGUGCACAGCCUGCACAGCCUCAACAGCCUGAUCUCUGACACCUUCUCCAGCUCCUCCAGCAACUUAGACAGCUGGUUCACAGACAUCAGGAGAGGGAGCAUCAUACCUGCAGAGCAAAUAGACCAGCUGCAAGAGAAAGCCCAGAAAGAGCUCCUGAUGGUCAGGCAAAGAAUGGAUGAGACCCUAAAUCAAGAGAGGAGGGCAAUGCGCUGUAGUCUGAUUAAGAAGAGAAGGGAGCUCAUUUCUGACAUGGUCAGGGUCCACAAACAGAGACAGAGAGAUUUGUCAGCCAUGUCCAAGGGUGUGGAGGAAAAGAUCGAGUUAGCUCAGCACCUGCGCUGUUGGCAGAACUUACUGACAGCUCACAGCUUUGAGCUCGCAGAGCUCAUCAACAACCUGGACGAGGAGGCAGCCGCAGACAUCCGCAAGGUGGCAAUGCGUGUGAUCCAGGGAGCCAUAGCUGACAUCAGAUCCAUCCAGCCCUCUGCAGCACAGGCUCUCCAAACACUCCUGCCUCCAGGAAGGAAACACCCCCAGCUGCAGGUGGAGUCAGAGGUGGGAACAGGACAGGCCACGGGGCAAGGGACCAGCGCUCUCCUGCAGGGCCAGGAAAGGCUUCACCAGGAGGGCAAGGCCGCCUUACGCACCCUGAGCUGCACCAGGGAGGCUCUGCAGGAAGCCAUGGAGAAGGAGCUGCAGGAGCAGAGGGAGCUCAGGGCACGCUGCAGGGAUUUCUUCAGAUGUUUGUGUUUAUCUCAGCUGACUCUGUCUGAGGAUGAGAGGCUGAGGAUGGAGCUAGAGUUUCAGAAGUGUCUGUCUGUGAUAGACCGCUGUCUGGUGCUCCCUCAUGCUGUCUCCAGAACCAAAAUACACAUCGCCCUGGAUACGUGGAGAAAAGAGAGUGAAGAACAGAUGACAAAUGUGCAGUCCAAGGGGAAAACCGUAGAAGUCAGGAAGAAAGCAGACACAUCUGACCUUUUGCUUUUCCAGAAAAGGCUGCAGGACAGGAUUCAGCUGUUUGAGAAAGAGAAGGAGAUGGAGAGUGGUAUGAUGAAUGAGGUGCUGGAGGAGAUGCAGCGGGAGAGAGAAGACGAUCUGCGCUCUCAGGCUGACAGCCUGGCCAUUCAAAUGGCUGCAAUCCAGUACCAAAAGGCGGAGAAAUGGAGCAAGGUUCUGGAGACUUCCAAAGCCAUGCUCACGCUACAAAGCCUGCUGAUUCAGCAGCUCAGAGAGAGAGAAAAGCUGGAGGAACAGGACAUGACUCUGAGUAUACACAGCCACUGCUUAGGCUUGGAGGAAGCAGAGGAACAACUUCAGAAGGAGAGGACAGAGUUGGACAGCCAGCAAACAUCUGAGCCUGGAAGAGCAUUAAGCAAAAUCCACCAGGACAUCCCUGAGGGAGAGGAGGACAGUCAGAGGGGAGUUGUGUUUCAGCUGCAGUCUGAUUGCAGGAUGGCUUCCAUCCUCCAUGAGGCACUCCACAAGUGUGAGCAGGUCAUCACACUGAUGGCGGAGAGUUUUCAACUUAUGACUGCCAACAAUCAAGGCAAAGAAGAUUUAAAGGAGCAAAUGGAGCUCAAGAGACUUUAUGAAAACUGUGACCAGGAUCUAGAGCUUGUAUCUCAGCUGGUCAAACAGAGUCAGGUGUCCAUCGAAGUCGUCCUGGAAGCCCUGCGCCUCCUACUGCCAACCCUGCCGGAAAGUGAGCUCCUCUCAAUCACGGACACCCUCUGCCCCAAACAACAUCCUGGUGCCGCCUCUAGAGAGCACGAGCCCUCUGGGUGUGCGGGGGAGCAGAGCAGGGACCUUCCUCUCAGGCUGAGGACAGAUGUGCUGCAGAGUAACCCGCCCAGCAUGCCCGGUGGUACAGCGGAAGCAGAGAGACUCCAGCAAAAGAGGCAAAGCCUAAUGGAAAAACUGCUCCCCCGAUCGCACCCUCUUCUUCCAAGAGGUGCCGCUCCAUCGCUAGCUGAGGACAAAGGAAAGCAGACCAGACUCAUCAAAGCGCAGCAGCCUCUUUCUGAAGCCGCCAUGGCCGUCAGACCGCUGCAGAGCCCCGGGCCGGACACGGCCAGGGCAGAACCCAACAGCACAGCAGAGCAAAACGUGACUCCAGCCUCUGCCUGCACCAGCCCUGCCACCGCGGAGCGGCUUUUUGUGUUCCGGGAUCUGCCUGAGUCAUGUGACAGAAAGGCCUGCCCUCGCCUCUGGCUGCAGUGGUUUGCUCAGAGGCUGGCCGACAUGGCGCUGGGACUGGCUGCGCUCCUGUUCUCGCUGGGUCUGGUGCUCCGGGCGGACUGCGCGCCUCCAACCUGCUACUCCAGAGCGCUCAGCCUGAGCAAGGAGCUCAUGACUCUGCUGGACAAGAUCCACAACUACCACCGCACCAAAACGUGUGCUGAGGUUCUACCGACGAUCUUCCUGGAUGUGCAUAACUCAUGCAUCACCAACAAGCUCCGGGACUUUCUCUACGUGGUACUGAACCAUCCCAACCAGCCCUGCAGGGAGCGGCCCAGAAUGGUGAUGCUGAAGCGUAAAAUGCAGAACCUCUACACCAUCAUCACCAGGGUUUGCUUUCGGGAUUUGGUGUUCUUCACAGACGACUGCAACGCGAUUGAUACUGGACACAGCAGCCCUCACUACGGAGACGACCGGCUGCAGCUGCUGCAGGAGGAGAGAUGAGCCGCCGUAUUCAUAGCAAAUCCGUAGUGACCAAAACGUAGAACCAGUAGAGCAUGUAGUAUUUCCCAGCAAAGCUUCGGCCGGUUCAGGUGCAGCGUAAGUUUUAUGUGGCUUUUUGGCGCACAAUGCUGAUUCUUGUCCUAUACCCAUGCUGGCUGUGCCCCAACUACAGAUUCAUGUCAGGGGGACAUGUGUGCUUACAUUCCAGCGAGAAGUGCAGAACUUUCCACAGGAAAUGAGCUGAAUGCCAACCAUGCCGAUGAAAACCUUGUAAUAAUAAACCAAUAAGAGAUGCUUGUGAGCGGGGCUUAACCGCUGCUUGCUUAGCCGGCCUGAUCAAAGGAUCCUGGGCCAUUAAGAGAAAUAUGUUGCAUUUCCGUAACUAACGUGUCUUAAAGAAGCGCUUUAUGGCAUCCUGCAGACAUCUGAGGGGUCGAACAUUGUGGUUAAAAAGUUAUGUAAGUAAUGAAAGUCCUAAGCAUGGCGUCUCCAGUCUCAGCUGAACACCAUGUUCCCCGAGGAGUUGUGAUGUUUUUGAUGUUUGUCCUGAAGUUGGAUAGAUUUUUGUGUUUGUAUGCGUGAAUAUGAAGUAAGGGUACCCAUACUCAAACAUGUCAGAAGUAUAAUCCUUUGUAUGUGUAACCUACUUACAAUUUAUUACAUAUACAUAUAUAUGUGUGUUUAAUAAAACUUUUGUUUUUGUAUCAA